CAUGAUUCUUCUCUUGUGACAAUCCAGACAGAAAGGAAAAGCCUUUCUGAGUUCCAGCUGAGUUAUAAGGCGCUGAGAUGACAGAGAAGACUGUUGUUCUGGUAUCAACGGACCAACCGCACGGAGGGAAAUGGAGUUAAGUUAAUCAUUACCUGUCUGCCUCAGAUCAUUCCUGUCUUUAAAGCGGACAUUUGGUAAAUAUUUGGGGUUGUUGCGCCGCCAGGGACAAAGUUGGCGCAUGGAGAGGGACGAAGUUUCAUUUUUGCGCAGCGUCUUUUCUUUCUUUCUUUUGUUUUUUUCGCCUCUACGUGUCAACCAGCGUCACACUGCUUUUCAGGCAACAACAGACAAGUAGCCCGAGUGCAGUUUUGACAUUUUUGUCCGUCGCUGACGCAUUGAGUUGAAGGCAGAGAAACGAGACAAGUUGAGGACGCACUACGUCGGGUGAGAUGGUGGACAGCAAACCUCUUCUUCAGGACAGACCUCCCGCCUACAACACCGUCCCCGGGGCAUAUGAGUACGGCCCGCAGCAGCAGCAUAGCUAUGGGGCAAUCCCCCCUGCUGCCCCGCCGCCCUACCCCUACCCCUCCGGCCCAGGGUACCCCUCAGCCCAAAUGGCCCCUGCUGUAUCCCAGCAGCCCUACGGUGGAACUUACACCAUCAUUCAACCGUCUGUAGUGGUGGUGGGAGGCUGCCCUGCCUGCAGAGUUGGUGUCCUGGAGGAUGACUUCACUUGCCUGGGGAUCCUGUGUGCCAUCUUUUUCUUCCCGCUGGGUAUCCUCUUCUGCUUUGCACUGCGUCAGAGAAGGUGCCCCAACUGUGGCGCCACCUUCGGAUAGAGGGACCAACCCACAGCCAUGCACACGCUCGUGCUCCCAUGCCUACAGACACACAUAGACAGAGAUACAAACAUAUAUAUAUACACACACACACACACACACACACACACACACACACACACACACACACACACACACACACACACACACACACACACACACACACACACACACACACACACACACACACACACAAAAUCAAGAAUUUCUGUGUCUUUCAUUUUGUUAUCCUCUCUUAAUAUUGCACAUUGCUGUUGCCAUUCUUGUUGUGUACAACAAAUGAUCAAGAUGAUAUUACUAUGAAUUAAAUUUUUAUUAGAGGCACGUGUAAAAAAACAAAAAAAACCCAACAAAAAAUCUUUUCAUCUGCUAGUGGAGGAUAUAUUCUAGCAUAUUUUAGUGUCCAGCUGUUGUUAGUGCCUUCACUACAUGCUGAGUGAUCAUCAAAGAUUCCAUCAGUCAUUUCUUCUGUAGAUGUUUAGCUCAGUUCUCCGUGGAUCUGAGCAGAUUCCCUCAUGUUCUGUCAAGCCAGAAUUAACCCAGGCGUCUUUUUUUUUUGUUUUUUGUUUUUUGUCUUUGCUGACACACUGCACACAUAUUUUGGGUUAACAUUGUGCUUAGUAACAUUGUACUCACCACAGCAUCUGUGUAGAUCACUGAUAUAUUAGCUUUUCAAGGAAAUGCAUCCCUAUUUUGAAAUGUUUUGUUCUAUUUUGGCUCAGUGUGUCACAUGGAAUAACACAACCAGUUUAAGAAGGUGUGUAAAGAUCCUUGGAUGUAAACUGUCCCAGCUGAAACAAUGGACUUCUGUUUGACAGAAAGCCUGCAGCAUUUUGUCUAUUUUUGUUGGUAUUAUUUCUAGGGGCCAUAUUUGCACUGACUGUUUGUUUGAUUAUUCUGCUAGGUUGUGUUUUUCCAGGGCCAAUGCAGACCUCAGGUACAUACAAUCUGAAAUGCCCUCGACUUUACAACCUCAAUCACUGUUUGACUAAGGACUUUAAGAGGACUCUCGUGUUGAAGCGUGGACUUCUCCUUCAACGAGUGUCACUUCAAGGACGCAUGCUGAGAGUAUAAAACCUCAGAAAUCUCUCAAUAAUGUGUAUAAUCUCUGGAUUUUUACCUUAGUACGCUACUGUGUGACAAGUCGCCCAGCCCCAUUCCUCCCAGCCAGACAAUCAAUAGAGAAUGUCUUCGUCCCUGUUUCUGCAGUAUCUCCAUGUCUUCGUCUUCCAUCACAGCAAGAUGUUAUAUAAUUGUCCAUGGCAGAAGAAAAAGAGAUAUAAGCGGGUGGGAGGGAUUUUAAAAACGCCUUGCUUUAGGAAACACACUACGCACGCUCUUAUGAUUGAGGUUCUUACUUUUUAUAUAUGAGUUACUGUAAUUAAAAAAUGAAUGCUA